AGGAAAAAGAGCGAGGGAAAAGUCCAGAGGCAAGCGAAAAACAAAACAGAACAACACCAAAAAAAAUCAAUAAAAAAAAAACAAAUGAACAAGCAGGAUACAGAAGAGGGAGCCCAGCAAACACCAGAAUACACUCUUUGAACAGUCAUGCCGCUUCACAAAUCAUCCCGGGCCCCUCGCCUGGACCCUACCAUGAUCUCAGCCCCACUGGGUGACUUUCGCCACACCAUGCACAUCGGUAGAGGAGGUGAUGCCUUCGGUGACACCUCCUUCCUGUCCACUCUUGGUCCAAGUUCACCCAACUCUGAUGUGGGGACUACAGGGACCGAGUCGGCCGCUCAGGCGCCAGUCAACCACAGCGAUCUCCACACAGAUGCUCUAGAUGGUCCAGAGAACAAUGAGCUUCAGCACUCAGAGUCAGUAUCUUCAUUCACCUUGGAUCUAGACCUGGAUCUGGGCCCUUCUAUGCUGGGGGAUGUACUGGGCGUGAUGGAUGGAUUGGGACUUGAUGAGGAGGAUGUGUUCAGUCCCAAAAGUGGUCCAACAUCCUCAGUGGAAACGAAGCAGGGAAAAGGAGCCGUGGAGAUGUCUCUGAACAUGCAGAACGAGCUGAAUGGGAAGAACUUGGUUGGGUUGGAUGGAAACCAGGUGGGAGACAGCAGAAUACCAGAUGGGAACGGGAUCAAGCCAAAGGGGCUACGACCAAAAGUGCGGUUCAGCGACAAACGUGAGGAGAUCAUUCGCCAGGCGUCUGAAGAGGAAGAGGGUCAAGGCUUUGACUUCCAGGAUGAGGAUCAGCUGGCGUGUCAAAGUCCAACAAGGGGUGAAAGUGAGAGGAGCGAGAGCCUAGUAGGUGGAGGUGACACCAAGCUCACCAAUCAUAAAGUAGAUUUGCCUCCUAGUCCUGCCUCGUCACAUAGCUCAGAGUAUGAAGGAGUGACCCCGUUGGACAGGAGGAGGGUCGACAGCUGCCACUCAGAGACUGAUUCGGAGGAGGAGGAGGAAGAGGAGGAGGAGGAAGAAGUAGGAAAAGGCUACACAUUUGAAGAUGAGUUUGAUGAUGAAAUUGGUCUAUAGGGGGAAGGUCUGGUUUCCCUUUGAAAAUAGGUAUUAGCUGUCAAGUAAAUCAAGUAUACUGUAUUUUCCUUCAUUCAUUAUUUCAGUAUCAUUUGAAUGGGAGUCUAAAGCUGAAUAUACCAACUGGAUUUUUCAAGACUCAGAAAGCAAACUUGAACAGUUUGAAGACGAUGUUGCUCAACUGGAAACAACAUAUUUAUGUUAUUAUCUAUGAGGGUAACGGAUUUUCCAAAGACAGACGUUGUGAUCAGAUAAAAGCAGUGUCAUUUAGGUUUUUACAGUCAACGGUUUGUAGCACUUUGAUUUAUUUCAUUCACCUGGAAACUUUGCUAUGAAACUGACACUCAGUGGAAAGUUUGAUUCAGGCUACAUGAAUGAUGCUCGCUUGAAUUUUUACUGUCUUACGUUUGCCAUCUAAACUGUUUAUUGAUCUUUUAUAUUAUAGUGCCUUAAAGGGAGGGAGCUGUAUAUUUACAUUAUUUUAACGUGCUAUAUCAAUGUCUGUUAUUCAUAUUGCAUGUUUAUUACGAUCUAAAUGUCUUUUUUUGAUGUAUUUGAUGAGCUUUACAAACCGAUGGUUUCCAGAGACGACGUCAGAAAAUAAAAGUUAUCCUGUGUAUAAUCAACUGUGAACUGUCACAUUCCACAUCUGAUAAUGUGAGCUUCUCUGGUUCAGACUAAAUGUGUUUUCAGCGUGCAGUUAUUAUGUUUUCAUACCUACCAAAGCUAUUCUUUUAGGAUGUGGGGCUGGACUAAUGCUAAAAUGCUAAAGACAAUCAUGGAAUUUAAAGUACACAUUAGGCUUUUUAUUGAAAAAGUAUUUUAUUCCAUAAUGCUGUAAAACUGGGAGACCAUUAUGCUGAUCUGUUGAAAAUGCUGGUUUGAACACGUUAUCCUGUGGUUUAAUAAUGAGUACAGUGAAAACAAUAAAACAAUUAUUGGGAUUUAAAAAAAAAAAAA